AACUGCGGAGAUUCUUGGACUUUGAUAGAAGUCAAAAACACCACAAACAAACUAAUAUCGAUUGUGUUUAAAGUUGUUUUUGUUUUGUUUUGUCAUAUUAAAUAACGUUAUCGUGUGUCCGUUUUGAAACAGAGGCGAUGAUUAGUUAAGUGCGUCGUUUUAGUAGUUGCUGAAAAAGGGGGGUGUCUGGUGGGCGCUCUGGCAACCCCAGUGCGAGGAUUGAGCUGCAUCACGCAGGUCUGGUCACACACACUCCGGCGUGUUGUAUCUACGCUUGAAUCAGGGAUUGUGACCAAUCAUGGCAGAUGAGGGAUACGUAGUACGCAUCAGGGGUCUCCCUUGGUCCUGCUCAGUUGAUGAAGUACAGAGGUUUUUCUCAGAUUGCAAAAUCGUCAACAAUGGAGGUGGUAUCCACUUCACCUACACAAGAGAGGGGCGUCCCAGCGGAGAGGCGUUCGUCGAGUUGGAGACAGAGGAAGACCUGAAGAUCGCAGUGAAGAAGGACAGGGAAACAAUGGGCCACAGAUAUGUAGAGGUUUUUAAAUCCAACAAUGUGGAGAUGGACUGGGUCAUGAAGCACACCGGUCCAAACUGUCCAGAAACCGCAGGGGAUGGGCUCGUCCGGCUUCGAGGCCUUCCUUUUGGCUGCAGCAAGGAGGAGAUAGUGCAGUUUUUCUCAGGGUUGGAAAUCGUGCCAAAUGGGAUAACAUUGCCGGUGGACAUCCAGGGGAGGAGUACGGGGGAGGCCUUCGUGCAGUUUGCUUCACAGGAUAUAGCUGAAAAGGCUCUAAAGAAACACAAGGAAAGAAUAGGGCACAGGUACAUUGAGAUCUUCAAGAGUAGCCGCGCUGAGGUGCGGACGCACUACGAACCACAGCGGAAGCCCAUGGGCAUGCAGAGACCUGGGCCCUACGACCGGCCCUCUGGUGGUCGCGGCUACAACAUGAUGGGCCGAGGGGGAUCCUAUGACAGGAUGCGUCGCGGAGGCUACGGAGGAGGUGUAUCGGAUGGUCGGUAUGGGGAUGGCGGCUCUUCCUUCCAGAGCACAACAGGCCACUGUGUCCACAUGAGGGGCCUGCCGUACAGAGCCACAGAGACCGACAUCUACAACUUCUUCUCACCGUUGAAUCCAGUGCGGGUCCAUAUCGAAAUCGGUCCAGAUGGCAGGGUAACCGGGGAGGCAGAUGUAGAGUUUGCAACACACGAGGAUGCCGUGGCAGCCAUGUCUAAAGACAAAGCUAACAUGCAGCACCGCUAUGUGGAGCUGUUCUUGAACUCAACAGCGGGUGGCAGUAACGGCGCCUACGGCAGCCAGAUGAUGGGUGGCAUGGGGAACCAGUCGUCUUACAGUGGCGGGCAGCUGAGCUCGGGGUACUCCGGCGGAUACAGCAGCCAGGGAAAUAUGGGCGGCUACAGUGACUAUAGUAACCAGGGCGGAAUGGGAAGCAGUUACUAUGGCGGCGGUGGAGGAGGAGGAAGCAGAGGCUCUAUGAAUGGACUGGGAGGGGGAUGGGGAAUGUAAAUUUCUUUUUUUCCCUUAUUUGAUGUUUUUUUUUAAACCCAGCAUUUUGCUGCAAGGACUGGAAACGCAAGUCUCACCUAGUCAACAUAGGGGUAGGGUCAGGUGAGGUUGUUUUGAAAAUACUGAGGGGGUAGGGUUUGUACUUCUUUUUGUUUUUUUAAGUGGAUGAUCUUCAGAGAGAAGUGAGAUCAUCUAGUGUCAGAGAAGCACUGUUUGUCUUCCCCAUUCCUCACAGAUUUCACACAUUACAGAAACCGUGCUUUAAAUUUUCAUUACCAGUGUCGUUUUUGUGUUCCUCGUUCUCCGAGCACUUGGCUGUUCCUCAAAUUGAACUCAUCCCGUGCUGGUGGCUUUAAUAAUUUCAGUGUCUUGAGUGCAUGAACAAAAAGGAAAAAUAAUCAGAAAAUGAUUAUCUUCUGAUGUUUAGACUUUGUUUCUUCUACAUAGUGUUAAGCCUUUUUUUAAAUUUUAUUUCCAGUUAAAAUGUUAAUCUGAAUUUGAGACUUCACGCGGUCAGAGCAUGUUUUGUUUUUUUUAAAGGUGUGACUGUUGAUGAUAGGGUGGUUUCUCUGGAUGAGUGCUAUAUCAACAGCAAAUUAAUUUCAUAUCUGCUGACAUGAAGGUUUCUACUGCUUCAAAUGCUAUUUGUAUUUCCUGUGCACAAAGUGAAUAAACUAGUCUGGAAUAUCUAAUUGAAA